UCGCGUUGAGAUUAAAUGUCCCUUGGACUAUAUUUCCUCCACGGUUGUGAUGCGGUCUCUCUCCCGUUAGCCGGACUGUGCAGUGAUGUUGCGACGUGUGUUGAGGGCAGAACGUCUGCGAACGCUGAAACAGCUGCCAGUGGUGAGUGUGCCGGCGAGAUGGCUCAAUCUCCAGGAGUUCCAGAGCAAGCGUCUCAUGGCCGAUCAUGACAUUGCUGUGCAGAAGUUUGAAGUGGCCAAGUCCGCGUCCGAUGCAGGCUCCAUCACGGACCGACUACGAGUGCCUGAAUAUGUCAUCAAAGCUCAGAUCCUGGCCGGAGGUCGGGGCAAAGGUGUUUUCAAAAGUGGCUUCAAAGGUGGAGUGCACCUAACAAAAGAUGCUGGGCAAGUGUCGGGUCUCGUCAAGAGUAUGAUUGGUCAAAGUCUCGUCACUAAGCAGACGCCAACAGGUGGGGUGAAGGUCAACACCGUGAUGGUAGCCGAGGCACUGGACAUCGAGCGGGAGACCUACUUCGCCAUCUUGAUGGACCGGAAGUACGACGGCCCGGUGAUGGUGGGGAGUCCGCAGGGAGGGAUGGACAUCGAAGAGGUUGCUGAGAAAGACCCGGGAGCCAUCUUCACAGACCCUAUUGACAUCACAACUGGAUUGGCAGAUGGUCAGUCGAUGAAGAUGGCGCUCAAUCUUGGCUUCACUGGCACGAAGCAGACAGAGGCUGCCAAGCAGAUAGAGCGACUCUAUGACCUGUUUGUGAAGGUGGAUGCCACACAGGUGGAAAUCAACCCAUUCGGGGAAACUCCAGAUGGCCGAGUUGUGUGUUUUGAUGCCAAGAUCAACUUCGAUGACAAUGCAGCAUUCCGGCAGAAGGAUGUGUUUGCGCUGGACGACAUGUCAGAGAACGACCCCCGAGAGGUCGAGGCUGCCAAGGCCAACCUCAACUACAUCGGCAUGGAUGGCAACAUCGCCUGUCUGGUUAAUGGCGCCGGUCUGGCAAUGGCAACGAUGGACAUCAUCAAGCUCCACGGCGGCAACCCAGCCAACUUCCUGGACGUGGGCGGCGGGGUCACGGAGGAACAGGUGAAGUCGGCCUUCCAGCUCCUCACAGCGGACACGCAGGUCAAGGCCAUUCUCGUCAACAUCUUCGGGGGCAUCGUCAACUGUGCCACCAUCGCUAAUGGCAUCACCAACGCCUGCCGCACCAUCAACCUCUCUCUACCUCUCAUUGUCAGACUGGAAGGCACCAAUGUUGAUGAGGCCAAGAAGAUUCUCCGCGAGAGUAAUCUCCCCAUAACAGCUGCCAACGACCUUGAUGACGCAGCCCAGAAAGCUGUAGCCAGCAUCAGAUGAUCACAUGACAACUAGUCUAAAAUUUGUGAUCAUGUGAAUUAUCUGGGAAAUCUAUACAAAUGAUGUGAACUGAAGGACUCAGUUCCACAUCAGACCAAUACAGAACUGACUGAAUUUGACCUUGGAAACAGCUUGCCAGCCAGAUUGUGUGUCAAGGUCAAGGACAGACCCAGAAUGAAAGAGUUGAUUAGUGCCCAGGGGUUGCAGUCAGGAAAGAGGAUGUACGAAAUGUGUGCUGUCAUUCACAAUACUGGUGAACAAUUAUGAUGGCAGUUUCAGAGCUGAAACAAUACACCAGUCCUAUCAAAUACUUUUUUCACAUUUUGUUCACAAUACUGAUAUUUUAAUGUUACUCUGUUCCAGAAAAGAAAUUUAUGAAUAUAUUCUAAUUUUGAUAAAUCUAACCUGAUCUAACCUUUAGUAAAAUCAUUUUUUGAUGUCUUAUAUGUUUAAGACAACGCCGUAAUGAUUUAUAUAAUCCUCAAAAUGAACCAAAAUAUCAAGUGUUUUUUGGGGACCAUCUGCAGAUUAUUAAUGUGUGUACCCCCCCUGGUAAUGUAUUGUCAGUAUUUCAAACGUUUGUGCAUAUCUAUUACAGAUAGCAGACAUAAAAGUCUAGUUAUUUAUAUUGUGGGUCUGUCAUUGGUCAGCUUUUUUUGAUUGACAUGUCAGUAUUUCAAACGUUGUGCAUAUCUAUUACAGAUAGCAAACAUAAAAGUCUAGGUAUUUAUAUUCUGGGUCUGUCAUUGGUCAGCUUCUUUUGAUUGACAUGUGAUUCUGUCAUUAAUAGAUUGAUUGACAGGUGAUGGAUUGUGAUGAUUGAUGUGUGAUUGGAAGAUGUGUCUGCAUGUGUAUGGGGUGUACAUGUUAGUGCAUUAAGGAUGUAGUAGAGUCAUGACAAUAGUACUUCAUCAUCGUCACCAUGGAUACUGUUGGUAUGGCAUUAUAUUGCCAAUAUUUAUUUCAUUAUAUUCGGAGGGAUAGUUAAAAGGGAUAGUUAAAAAGGAUAGUGCAGAACAGGACAUUUUUUUUUCAAAUGAUGUAGAGAUCUGGCAUGCUUACAAUAAUUUGAUGUUGCUUAUAACUUUGUUUAGUGUUUAGGCAAUUUUGGUUCUUCUUUUUGACUACAUGUAUUUAGAAAAGGAUAAAUUCUUGUUUUUUGGUGUUAGAGGAUGAAUAUAUUUUGUUCUGUAAUGUUUGGUUAUGCAUAUAUAGAAGAUGCAUGAAUGAGUGUUAUAUCUAAAGAAUUCCAAAGUGACCCAUCUAUUUCAGUGCCUAUUAACAUGAAGAAAGAUGAAAGCAGUAGAAAUCACUUGUAGAGGAAAUAAAAACAUCCAUUAAUCAUUUAACUGGCAUAUUAUAUUUUUUAUUUUGUUAAAAUACUGUCCACUGCUCAGAAGUGAUUGAAAUAUGAUCAUUAGAGUCAUGAAGUAUAAAGUUUGGGUAAAACCAUUAUUCAAAUACUAAUAGCAUGUUCUAUGAGUUUGAUUACAAUGGAAUGUGUGAGUCAGAGUUUACUCAUCUCUGAACAAGCUGCAAUGGUGUUCACAGUAUUUCAAACUGUAAUAGUGUAGUAACUGCUCAAUAAAAGUAUACAAAGCUA